AUGCCUUCCUGCACUCAGGAAAAAUUAAGUGAAUAUUCAUCUUAUCUGAACUUUAACAGGCCUUGUGAGGGAGUGUCCCAAGUAACAUCUGUGUUGUUGCUCUGCCAAGGUGGAUGCAAAUCGGCUUAUCAGAUUGACCUCCUGGAAGCACUGAUCAUAGACCACACAGGCCUGAAACAGGAAGGGCUUCAGUUACCCAGAAACACUGUUUCUAGUUUGAGCAGAAUGGACUCCAAACAAGAUCAUGAGGUUGCCAUGAACACUGUAGGUGCCUUGAGUUUUUUUUCAGAAAUAAAUCCAGAGAUGCAGUUCAAACUAAAUAUACCUGAGAUAGUGGAAGAUUUUUCUGUCUCUGAAAAACCCCUAGAUUGCUUACCUGCUGUAUGUAAAACACAACAUGGAAUACAAAAGAAUGCUUUCAGCACAGCAGAAACACUUGCCUUGGACAGGCCUGCAAGCCACAAUCAGAAACUUCUCAAUAUGUUUGAUGCUCAUUACCUGCAACUACCCUGGGUCAAUCCUUACAUGGAGAGUGCCACACCAGCCAUCCAUCCUUCCUUUGAUUUGCCAAAUAUGUAUUCACAGAGCAUGUUCUUGCUACCUCAGCAGUUCUAAAACUUGGCCCAGCCACUAUAUUCUCCAGGAAACAGAAACAGGGAGCAAUUUUCCUACCUGCCACCACCCUUGGCAUCACCCAUGAGGUUUUCGGUGCCUUUCGCCAUCUCAGCCAUUCUGCCUCUCUUCUGCUGUGCAGACAAAAGCCUACCGUGGAGGAUGGCCAUCAGUCUCCAGAACCCCCACAGCUAUCCUCAUAUUCGGAACAGUAAACAACCUAGGAUGCCGUCUACCAAGGCAGUUACUAGCGGCUUUCCAGGGGAUACAACUCUCGUGUUCCCUGCCUCCCCUCAGCCCUCACCCUAGAUCCACCUUGCCACCCAGGCUGUUGCAGACACGUUCUCUGAGUUCCAUGAGCAUUAUACCAGGAUCUGCACCCCUCCUGCAGUCAUGCUGUCAAGGCUAUACAGGAUAGGUAGCGAGUUUCCCACAGCCAAGCUCUCUAAUAGCAAAUAUCCUGAGACCCUGGAAGUGGGUGAAAGUGCUCAGCCAGUCCCCAUGUACACCUGUAAGACAGUGGCUCAAGACAGGAAAGAUGGAGGCUCACCGCCUCUGUUAGAGAAGCAGAGUAUUACCAAAAGCAUCUCAAGUAAGCCAGUAGAGUUGUCUUCUAAAGUGAUGGAGGUAGAUGCUUCCAAAGCUGACCAUAUGAAAAAGAUGGCUUCUAUGGGCCUGGUUCACAGCAGGUCUGGAGGUGGCUUAGUGCUCUCCAGAAGUGAGAUUCCAAAAGAAACAUCUUCUCCAAGAAAUGGCUGUGCUAUCUAUAGAUCUGAAAUCAUUCGCACUGAUCCUUCAUCCUGGGUAGUACCCAAGCCAAGACCUAAUGAAGAGAACAAUGGUGAAAGCAUGCUGAAAAACCAGAUAAUAGACUGGAUGAUAAUAAAACAGCAGUCUUCAUAUCUUUGCAUGAGUGGUAAAGACACUAUGAUCCCUAAUGUUCUGGGGUCAGUGUCCUGUGCAGGCCACCCCACCUCUGUAUUACCUCCAUGUUACCAAUCUCCAACCCCAGAUGGGACAGAUGGCACUAGGACCAACAGGAGCUCUGUGGAUACCACACUAUCCAUCAUUCAGGAAGUGGGCUAGCCUCCAACCAUGCCUGUCAAACAAAGCAGCAACACCAGCAGCAAGGAUGCCAAAGCCAGCAACCCAAAACUGAAUUUCAAAGCAAAUGAGAAUGGCCUUCAACCAAGCCCCAUAUUUCUGUCUCCAAACGAGGCUUUCAGGCCGCCAUCAAUUUCCUAUCCCAGAAGUUAUUUUCCUUACCCAGUAUCUAAGGCCACUGCUAUAAGACCCUUCUCCUUACAUGACAAAGGACCUAUCUACCCUCAUCCUAUUUUGUUGCCCAACAACAGUCUCUUUCCUGGGCACCUUGCCCCAAAGCCUACACUGCCUUAUGUGGUGCCUAUGGGCUAUCCAGAGUUGAUCUACCAAGAUGCCCUCGGAUUUGGCAUGGUACAACCCAUGUUGAUACCACACAGGCCCAUGGAGAUCACUAAAGAGGAGAAACCAGAGAGGAGGUCAUGUUCCCAAGAAAGAGCCUGCCACAAAGACCCAACUCUCCAGAAUCAGCUUUCUGAGGUGUUGGAAGCUAGCAGUACAGCAUUUCAUCCAGAAGUCCCCACUGACAUUCUAAAACUGAACCCCAGCUGGAAUCAAGGGAAGAUUGUUAUCAAAAGUGAUAAAGUUGUUUAUGUAGACCAUCUCCAAGAAAAACCAGAUGUUAAAACUGAUGCAAAUAUGUCUAAACCCAGCUUCACACAAAAAAAUGUUGGUCAGAAUGCUGAGCCUGCCAAGCUGCCAGUUGUCAAGCCAUCCCUGCAGCAACAUGAUGAUUUUGUCAUGCUAAGAGAGGAGUUGGGGCACAUUGGUGACUUGCCUGAGGCUUAUACUCUCAAACAGACUCCAGCCAACAAAGAGAACCUAGGGAUGCCAGUUUCAACACCAUUGCUGGAGCCAGCUUUAGUGAGUGAUGGUCACGCUGUAACUUUUGGUAAAAUCCAAGAGAAUUCCAAACCAUAUAGCCUUGGCAGUGCCCCACUAAGUAUGGACAUAAUCUCUAUUUACACCAAAGAUGGAGCCAAUGAGGCCAAAUCAAAUGAUGGCAAACUUCUGAAACCAAAGUCAUCUAAGCUGGUAAAGAGAAUCGCUACCUCAGCAGGUUACAUGGGUGACGGAUUCGACAGUGUCACUACUGAACUGUAUGCAGAUUCUAGUCAGCUCAGGUGGAAGCAACGGGCAUUGAAGAUGAAAGAAUUACAAAAGGACAAUAUUUUAUGUCUGCCUAGUGCUUACUGUGAGCUUGCAAUGAUGCGCUUCUCAGAGUUGCAGGUGAGUGAGAAAAAAGGUGGCCAUUCAGAAACUAAAGACUCCAAGGCAUACAAAUUCAGCACAGCUGACUCAGAGAGAUGGAAAGGAAAUCGGGACAAAAAGCCAAAAUGUGUUCUGGAGGAGGAUAUUGCCAGCCAGAAUAACCGUGAGAGAUGCAAGUAUAGUCCUGGAAACAAACAGCACAAUCCCUUUAAAGCCCUAAAGGAUGAAGAUCUUCCUGUAGAGAAGUAUUUAAUGGAAAGGCAGCCUGUGGGUGAGUUAGCUACAGACCAGGUAGCUAUGGAUGUGCUGCACAGCCCCAUCCUCCAGCUAGAAAAGAAAUGCAAAGUCUCAAGUGACAGCAGCCAGACUGAGACUACUCCAGAGAAGUUGCCAGAGGACUCUUUCCUAAAAAACAAGCAAAAACAGGUUUAUAUAGGGUUUCAUCCUAAGGAACACCACUUGAUGCACCUUAGAGAACAGUGGGAGCAGCAGGUGUUGGCAGCAGAGAGCAAACCCGGUCUGCAAGGCAGGAAGGAAGUGACCCAGACAGUUCAGCCUGAGGUCACUGCCUGGGAUUAUGAUAUCAUGAAAGAGAAACUCUGCAGGAAAAGGGCAGAGGCCAAAGGCAAUAGAAGCUGGUUGGAAGAAUCUCUCAAACCCAGUGGCAAUGAAGAAGGCCCUCCACCAAAGAAGAAGCUUUUAUCCAACAAUGCAAGCCGCCAAAAGCUGUCUCACCCACGCUGCAUACCAUCGGUGAGGCUCCCUGAUAAGCAGCAGAAAGUUAGAGAGAGCGUUAAGACAGAUAUGCUGUGCACAAACAAGGAAGAGGAUUGCCCUGCUACCUCCCUGCUGGAGAAAUACACCAACAACAGUGAGAAGCCAUCUGGGAAGAGACAGUGCAAAACUAAGCACUUGAUACCUCAGGACCUGAGGCAGGGGUUCCUGCUAACAGGGGACUGCUACAUUGAGAAUGCUGAUGGCAAGUCAGCUGUCCCAAGAUUCAUAAAGCGGCUUGAACCCAGUUCCAACUAUGAUCUGACAUUAUCCAAGCAGGAGCUGAAGCCCUUCAACUGCUUGCAAGAGUUGCUACCAGCUUCCCAGGCCAUGAAGUUGCCACACUCAUGUUUCCCUCAAGAAACCAACCAAUCUCGCCCAAUGCUGCUGAGAGCAAAGAGAAUUAUUGUCGAUAGGCAUGCUGGUGAGACUCUCCUGCAGCGGGCAGCAUGGCUUGGCUAUGAGGAUUUGGUCUUGUACUGCCUGGAGAACAAGCAUUGUGAUGUGAAUCAUCAAGACAAUGCAGGUUAUUGUGCUCUACAUGAAGCUUGUGCACGUGGAUGGCUCCAUAUUGUGCAGCACCUUCUUAGAUAUGGUGCUGAUGUUAACUGCAGUGCCCAAGAUGGAACCAGGCCUCUCCAUGGUGCAGUUGAAAAUGAUUGUUUGGAAAUUGUCCGCCUGCUCCUUUCCUAUGGCGCUGACCCCACUUUGGCCACCUACGCAGGCAGAACCAUUAUGAAAAUGACCCACAGCAAAGUUAUGGAAAUAUUUCUAACAGAUUACUUAAAUGACCUACAGGGUUGCAGUGACAAUAAGCUGAAUAGCUCUUGGGAGUUCUAUGGCAGCUCUGUCUGUGAACCAGAUAAUGAAGGGGGAUCCAGUGUUUUGGCAAACCCCCCAGGACAAGAGGACCAGGAUGAUGACAAUGAGGCUUGCAGUGAUGUGUUUGAAUUUGAAUUUUCAGAUAGCCCUCUCUUACCUUGUUAUAACAUUCAAGUUUCAUCUUUGCAGGGACAACGAAACUGGUUAUUGCUUUCAGACGUACUUAAGAAACUGAAAAUGUCAUCCUGCAUAUUUCGCUGUAAUUUUCCACAUCUGAAAAUUAUCCCAAUUGCAGAGGCAGAGUUUUACAGACAGGUUUCAGCAAGUAUCUUGUUCUCUUCCUCCAAAGACUUGGAAGCCUUCAAUCCAGAAAGCAAUGAACUACUAGAUUUACUAGAAUUUACAAAUGAACUUCAGAUUCUUCUUGGCUCCUUUCUGGAAUGCUUAAAUCCCAGGGAUGUGGCCUUAGAGAAGGACCACUGAGGAGAAGUCAAGUCCCACUGUAUACUGUGUGUUGUAGUGUUCAUCCUUGUUUAUGUUUCUCAAAGUACAACUAUUUCUUUGGAAAAGGGACAUUAUGACAUAUGACAAUAUUUCAGCUUUAUGUAAGAUGAGCACUCUAGCUAGAAGACCUAGAAAGAUGUCUUUUUAUUUUAAACUUUUGUUAUGAAAUUACUGAAAUGUUUCUUUAAUUUUAAAUGUAUGGAAACUGCUUUGAAUAAAUUUGUUUACAUUUGGAACAUCUUUUAAAAGGAAACUAGAAUAAGGAAAAAGAGCCUUAUGUGUUCACUUUUUUCCACACAAAGCUCUGAUGACAGAGAUCAUUAACAUUUAUAAAUAAUGUCAUCAAAAUUGAGAAAGUGUUUGGGAUAAUAAAUUUGGUAAAAGCAUUUGAUAUUGUAACUUUUUUGUUUUGUUUACUGUAUAUCUUCUCAUGCCAGGUAUAGGCUAUUGGGUAUAUUUCAACUUAAAAUUACAUUGAAACACAACUAAUUAUAUGAAAUUUAUAACCUAACUUAAAGGUUAUAAAUUAAUUUCUAUGAACCAAACUCAAAUAUUUUAUGAUCUUUUAAUGAAGAAACUUCGAUUUAUUUUUCUCCUCCUCCUCUUCCUUCUUGUUUUCCUUUUUUUUCUUUUCUUUCUUUUUGAGACAAUGUCUCACUGUUAUCCAGCCUGGAGUGCAGAGGCGCAGUCAGAGCUCACUGCAGCCUCUACAUCCCUGGACUCAGUUGUCCUCUCAUAAUCAGCCUCUGGAGAAGCUAGGACUAUAGGACUAUGUCAACAUGCCUUGCUAAUUUAUUUAUUUUUAUUUUUAUUUUUUUGUAGAGACAGUGUUUAGCCAUGUUGCCCAGGUUGUUCUAAAACACCUGGGCUCAAGUGAUCCGCCUGCCUCUACCUCCCAAAGUGCUGCGAUGACAGACGUGAGCCACCAUACCCAGCCUGUUUUUCUAUUCACUAUAAAAUUAUGAAAAUUAAUGACAGUUGAGUUUGCUUGAAAACGUAAAUAUUUUAAUUCUGUGCUUAUAAUUUCUUUCAACUUUGUUAGAUUUAUGCUUUUGUAACACUGUUACAGAAAUUUUCUGAAGAUGCAAUAAAACUGUUGAGGAAAUGAAAAUAA